UUUCAAAGCAUUUCAAAACAUAAGAUAUAACAAUGGCCUUUGCCCAAUGCAUAAUUCUUGCUGCGUCCUUUUUUCUCUUUAACUUUUGUUCUUCUCAAAUUACCAAUGCAAUUCUAAAUGAUUUUUCACUUGCCAUUGCAACAUGGUAUGGUCCACCAAAUGGGCAUGGAACAGAUACUGGAGCUUGUGGAUAUGGAGACGUUGGCAAGCCUCCCUACAAUUCCAUGAUUUCUGCGGGAAACCAAGCUCUAUAUAAGAGUGGCAAAGGUUGUGGAGAAUGUUAUCAGGUAAAAUGCACUGAAAAUCCAAUAUGCUCAGGAGAACCCAUUAAAGUUUACAUAACAGAUGAAUGCCCGGGUGCAUGCAACAAUGAACCAGUUUGGUUUGACUUGGGUGGACUCGCUUUUGGUUACAUGGGAAAACCGGGUCAAGGUGAUGCCAUGCGCAAUCUUGGAAGGGUUAAAAUUUGGUAUCAAAGCGUUCCAUGCUAGGAAUGAAGGAAGCUGGAGGGAGCUGAUCCAUCAGUCUUCAAAUGAUUGCAAUAUAAUUAUCACUCAUGUUCAUAUCAGGGAUGAUUAAAAUGUCACCACUUUCUAUACCUAUGGAUUUUUAUAUGUUAAUAAGAUAUCUAUAGUUUUGUACUCUACCAAUCACAAAGAAAUAAAAGGGGAAAAG